AGAUCAUAUCCUGUGGAAAAAAUGCAUCUGUCAAGAAAACAUUAAAGAAGCCAUGACAUUGCUACUACAAGGAAAUAUGCCCCCAAAAGAUAUGCUUGUUGAAAUCUUCUACGCUUUUCCGAACCAACGCAGAUCAUUAUUUGAACUCAUUUCUGAAAGAAUCACAAUUUCAAAUAUAAAUUCCGUCAAAGACACAGUUUCAUUUUACAUGCACCGUAAGAACAAUGAGAUGAAAAUCGUCUUUAUUUACGAACCGAAAGAGGCAGAUAAAAGACCAUGCAAUGAUUUUCAUGGUUAUAACAUAGAGCACAGAGGGAGAUAUGAAAUGUCUGCUGAAAACGACCAAGUUAAUGAAGUAGAGGCAAAUAUCGAACAAAGUGAUUUUAAACGAAUUGAAAAGUGUAUACGUGAACAUCAGGUUAAACUCAUGGAAGCUCAUACCAAUCUUAUGAUGAUAUCGCCUAGUAGUGUAAAGUCUUCUGGAUUUCAUAGUGGUGGUCAAGCAAUAGUUGAAAGGCAAAGCUGCAUCGCAUUUUAUGUCCAGUAUAAGGGCUAUAUACCAAUAGAUGAAGACCUGCUUCCGAGUUCUCUCAAUAACAUACCAACUGACGUCCGAGAAGGGUGUGCAUCAUUCCAAAAUUACUCACCUUGCGACUACAUAGAGAGAGUUAUGUUGGGCUCAGCUAUAUAUAACAACGCAGGAGGCAGGGGAACACUUGGAUGCUUUUUAGAAAACGAUGGCGAGAUAUUAGCAUUGACAAGCUUGCACGUUUUGAUGGAAAUGAAAUCCUAUGACGCUCUGAAAAGAAAUGGUGGAAGACAAGAGUUUCUGCAUGGUACUCAUUGCCCGGUUUCAAAGCUUCCUUCCUCUGACGAAUGUAAUUGUGAAUAUUCUUGCUACCAGCCGAGAAAAAAUGAUGAAAGAUCAAAAAAUACGAGACUGGGAUUUUUGAAAACUGCAAUCUUUGACAGUUCGUCUGGAGUCGAAAUUGCUAUUAUAAAACUUAAGACGGACAGAACCCCAACCAGUGGUAAAUUUCCGUGUGUGAAGUGUCGUUUUAAAUUUCCGUGUGUCGAGUGUCGUUGUAUUGAUACAGAAUCAAAGGGACUUGAAUACACGUCUGGAAAGUUCAUUGAUGUUAAAGAGUUGAAACAAAGGGAUAAAGUUUUCAAAGUCGGUGCAACAUCACUUCUAACAAAAGGAACAUUGAAAGAUAAAACCACAUCGGUCAAAUUAGAAUGUGGAAUUUUAUACAACUGCAUGAAGAUUUCGUGGGACUCUUCUGCCUUUUCAAAGCCGGGUGAUUCUGGGGCUAUGGUGUUCGCCUACAGUGAUUCAACUACAAACGAAACAUUACAGUCAGUCGGCAUAGUUACCUGUUCAUGGCCAGAAGAAAAUCCAAUAGCUACCAUUGUGACACCUAUAAGUGCAAUCAUGCGAGUCGUUAGACAAAACUAUAAAAUCAAAUCAUUCAAGAGCCAGAUACAGGAUGAUAAAAUACAAAAGGAUAAUCAUGAAGAGGUGAGCAACACAGGAGGAUCAAGAGGACCAGGUGACACAAUACAAAAGGGAAAACAUAAAGAGAUGAGCAACACAGGAGGAUCAAGAGGACCAGGUGACACAAUACAGAAGGAUAAUCUUGAAGAGGUGAGCAACACAGAAGAAUCAAGAGGGACAGGUGACGAAGAUGUAUUUAUUAUAUUGGAUGAUGUAAUACAAAAUGAUAAACCUGAAGAGUUGAGCAACACAGGAGGACCAAAUGCGCCAUCAGUCUAUCUCUGUUGUAUAAUUUUGUAAGAGAUAUGUGACAUGCUGUUCAUUCCUCUCUCUCUCUCUCUCUCUCUCUCUCUCUCUCUCUCUCUCUCUCUCUGCUGAACUGAGAGUGAUGCGGCUAACAGAUGUCGUUGUACUUCGUAAAUAAUAUGUGAUAUACUUGUAAGUGGUAUAUAUUUUAAAAUUUUAUUACUUAUUUAUUAUACUUAGAAAUUAAUUGUUAAUAUGUAAAACUCCUUAGAAACACAAUUUCUUGAACAUGUUGGAAGUAAAAAUGUCCUAUUUUAUCGGUGCUGAUAUGGAACGUGUCUCAGAAAAUGGAUACAUUUAUAUAUAGAACAGUUUUAUUAUAAAAAUGUUUUAGAUUAUAAAAUGUAUUGUUUCAACUUCUCAUUUUCUAUUUGUUUUAAAAGAAUUGAGACGAUUACCAAAAAUCGAUCAAAUGAACAAUGUGUAACAUUCAUGAAAAGAAAAGGUAAUUAAUGUUAAUUAUUUUGACUAGUUACAAGAAAUAUGUCUUAAAGUGGUAUAAUUGAGAUAUUUGAUAAUAGGCAUACUUGCUACACAAUUUGAAAAAUGUUACAUUUAUCAUAUAUAACAUUUUAUUUCGAUAGUUAAGGAUCACUUUAUAGUUCUAUGGUCCACCCCAUUAAACUUAUAUAGUCGAAUACCGUUACCUCGAUAUUUAAGGGACUGUAAAUAUUGUAUCGACGUAUCCGAAGUUCGACGUAACGAUAUCGACUAUCUGGGACUUCUUUGUACUUGUGUUUGACGUCUAUACUGUCAUUAUAUCCAAUGCUUUUUUCAUAGGGUUCGAAAGGGGAAAGAAAUAAUAUGAAACGUAAAUACAAUGUUAAUUCUAUUUACAAAUAAAACAUCUUAAUUAAAUAUAUACAUACAACUUUUUAAUUUUUCAAAAUAUACAUUUAAACAUUAGCAUUUUUAUUCCUUCCUUCUCUAAACAAGUCUGAAUUGCAGCGGUAACGUUCCUAGCUGAGUAGUCAUUUUGACUCUGCUUCGAUAACGAAAAUUUGCCAGUUAAAUACGCAUAUUGAACAUUAUUCAAUACAAUAUUAUCCUUAAUAGCAGAUUUUCACUCCUGCAGGCACAAAUUGAUAGUAUUUACCAGUAUUCAGAAACAUGGGACUUGAAAAUUAACGUUAGCAAAAGUAAAAUAUGUGUGUUUGAAAAGCGUAAACAAUACGUUUACCCUGACUUUAUCCUAAAUGGAGAAAGAAUUGAAAUAGUGGAUAAUUUUACUUGCUUAAGUGUAAAAUUUACAUACACUGGUAAUAUGUCAGGAGCUGUAAAAUCCCUACAUGAUCAAGCGCCUAGAGCUUAUCAUAAUCUUUUAUCAGUGUUCGAUAAAGUAAAUGUUGAUAUUAAAACCAAACUCUCAUUGUUUGACAAAAUGGUGGUACCAAUAUUACUGUAUGGUGCUGAAGUGUGGGGAAUCUAUAAUAAUUAUAGUUACAAAUUUGUUGAUAAACUACAUAAUAAGAUUUUGCAAAUAUAUCCUUGGAGUCAAAUAUCAAAAUCCAAAUAUUGCAGUACUUGGAGAGCUGGGAAGAUUUCCAUUAUCAAUCAUCUGUAGAGAAAGAUCAAUAAAAUAUUGGUUAAAAUUGUGAAAAAUAAUGAUUCACCUAUGUUUAAAAUGUAUAAUGAUCUCUGUCAAAAUGUACAAGCAAAUUGUUGGGCAACUAGAAUUAAUUCAGCCAUUGAUCAUCUUGGUUUUGGUAAUGUAAGGCGUGAUUAUGAUGUGAAUGUAAAUUAUUACCCGAUUAUACAACGUAGAAUUCAGUGAUCAGUACAUUCAAGAAUGGAAAGGAGCUAUUAACACCAUGCCAAAAUUGGAUUACUGUUGUAAAUAUAAAACAGAUUUUGUAUUCGAAGAUUAUCUAUCUAAUAUCACAAACGAUGAUCUGAGAAAACAUUUUUCUAGAUUAGGAUUGUCUUCUCACAAUUUACAGAUUGAAUUCGGUAGAUAUAGAGGUAUUGAAAGAGAAAACAGACUGUGUAAGCUAUGUAGUCAAGAUACAGUUGAAUCAGAAUAUCAUCUUAUGCUAUGUUGUGACACAUAUAGAACAGUAAGAAGAACAUGUUUUAACAAUAUUUCUUCGCCUUGUGUACAGAAAUUCUUCACGCUUAUGUCGACAAAAAGUUAACGUUUGCAAGUAAAAGUAGCUAAAUAUAUUAAAUAACGUAUGUCAAUUAGGAAAAAUGCCUUGGAAAUUUUAAGUGUUUCUUAAAUGUAUGUUGUAUGAUAAUAU